CGGGAUGGCGCCGGCGCGGCCCAGCGGCCAGAGCCACGUGGGGCUGCGCACCAGCAACGGCAGCUCGCUGAGCUCGGAAGGCUCCUGGUACGACUCGCCCUGGGGCACGGGCGGCGAGCUCAACGACAGCGUCUUCCACCCGGGCGUCGGUGGCGGCGGAAACCCGGCGGCCGACCGCUCCGGCAGCAGCGGCUACGCCACCUUCUCGUCCACCUCCACCCGCCACGAGGACAGCAUCGGCAGCGGCGGGCGCCACGACACGACGUGCUCCUCGAGCGUCAGCGGCGGUGGCGGCGGCGGCUUCGGCGGCUUCGAGCCGCGCCUCCACGUCCACCGGUACGGCAGCCGCGGCUACCUGCCGAGCAACGGCUACAACACGUGCUCGUCCGGCCGCACCGAGGACAGCGGCAUCGGCGACUCGCUGGUGGCGCUGCAGGCCGACCACCGCGAGCUGGAGCGCAUGGCGUCGGCGCCCGUCUCGCUUUCCGCGCAGCACCGCAGCACGCCGAGCCUGACCAACCCCUUCCCUCUGCCGGCGUCCACCCUGCCGCCGCUGUUCCAGGAGGGGCCUCCGGCCCGCCACCGGGCCUCCAUCGCCUCGGCGCUGGACUCGGCCGGCGCGCAUUGCCCCCCGGACCCCGCCGGGACGCAGUACUCCUCGCUCACGCUCCCGUGCCGCAAGGCCGCGCCCAGCGUCGUCGCCCCCGCGUCGGGGCCCAACGCCAGGAAGGACUCGCUCAAGAGCCGCAUCAGGAGGCUCAGCGAUUGGACGGGGAGCCUGAGCAGGAAGAAGAGGAGGCUGCAGGACCCCAGCUCCAACGAGCCCACGGACGCUUUCAGGCCCAACGGCCUGACGACGGACCCCCAGACCAGCGCCUCGUACUGGGGCCUCAGCGUGACCCAGCAGCCCCUCGCCGCCCCGACCUUCGGCUCGUCCCUGGGCCUCCAUCCCAGCCAGCAGCAGCAGCACGCCCACAGCAACGCGCUCCGGCAGAACAUCUACGAGAACUUCAUGCAGGAGCUGGAGACGGGAGGCGGCUGCGGUGGCGGUGGCAGUGGAGGGAUGGGGGUCGAGGGGGCCCAGACGUCGGAGGGCGAGGGGGAGCAGGGGGAGGCCGAGCUGGGGGAGAGCAGCAGCAGCUCCCUGGGCUCCCUGGAGCAGCUGGACCUGAUGUUUGAGAAGGAGCAGGGGGUGGUGAGGAGAGCCGGCUGGCUGUCCUUCAAGCCCCUCCUCACCCUGCACAAGGACCGCAAGCUGGAGCUGGUGACCAGACGCAAGUGGAGGCAAUACUGGGUCACCCUCAAAGGUUGUAUGUUGCUCUUCUACGAGACUUACGGGAAGUCCUCCUCCGAGCAGGACCUCUCCCCGUGCUACGCUCUGCUCGCCGAGGACAGCGUCGUCCAGGCCGUUCCCGAACAUCCCAAGAAGGAGAACGUCUUCUGCCUGAGCAACGCCUACGGAGAUGUUUACCUCUUCCAGGCUGCAAACCAAACGGACUUGGAGAACUGGGUGACGGCCAUGCACUCUGCCAGCGCGUCGCUGUUUGCCAAGCGGCAGGGCAGGGAGGACACGGUGCGCCUGCUGCGCAGCCAGACCCGCACCCUGCUGCAGAAGAUCGACAUGGACGGCAAGAUGAAGAAGAUGGCUGAGCUGCAGCUGUCCGUCAUUAGCGACCAGAAGAACAGGAAGGCCAUUGAGAGCCAGAUCCAACAGUGGGAGCAGAACCUGGAGAAGUUCAACAUGGACCUGUUCCGCAUGCGCUGCUACCUGGCCAGCCUGCAGGGCAGCGAGCUGCCCAAUCCCAAGAGCCUGCUGGCCGUCGCCAGCCGCCCAUCCAAGAUGGCGCUGAGCCGCCUGGGCAUCUUCUCCGUGUCCUCCUUCCAUGCCCUGAUAUGCACUCGUGAUGAAGCUACGUUGCGGCGGAGGAGCCGGUCCCUCUCGCGCAGGACCAGGCAUAAGAGGGGCCUUUUCUCCUCGCUCAAGGGGCUGGACGGCCUGACCAAGCGCAACGGCCGAGACCAGAAACAGACCUCUACACAGAGACUGGACAGCUUUGCCAAACUCCAUUCAAUAGCGCCCCCCGAAGGCCACCCGUGGGACAGCAGCCUGGAGAGCCUGGUGUGUGUGUACAUGCCCGACGGCCACGUGGUCACCGUUCCCGUCAAGCCCGACUCCCUGGCAGCCGACGUCCUCUCCCAGGCCUGCAAGGGUCGUCAGCUGGAGCCCUGUCUGUUCGGCCUGCGAGUGAAGAGGCGUGUGGGGGAGGAAGUGGAGGUGCACACCGCCUCCGCCUCCGAUGCACUGAAAGAACUGGUGUACGAUGAACUGGAGGUGUUUCCCCUCAGCGUGUUCACACGAAACCUGUCCCGUGCAGACGCCGCCUCUGACUUUGGUUUUGCUGUGACAGGCCACGUAGACGGACUCGGGCGGAGUCACAUUUACAUCAGUGAGGUGGACACAGCGGGGCUGGCUUUCUCAGAAGGUCUGCGGGCAGCGGAUGAGAUUCUGGUUCUGAACGGGAUGAGCGUGAGCUCCCUGGACCUGGGUCUGAUGCAGGCCUACUUCGGCCAGCAGAGCGUCAGCCUGGUUCUGUGGCGCGAGGAGCUGGUGGUCGCCGUGGAUCCGGGCUCCAUGUGGACGGACUGCGAGGUCAGCGAGGCCCCAGCACAGAGCCACCACAUGGAGCACUUCCCCCCCUGGCCCUCAGAUUCGCCUCCAGCGCAGGAGGUUCCAGAAGGCUCCAUAGCAGCUGGUUCAGGUUCUGAGGAUGGAACUCUGCAGAACGUUCCGUCUGAUGAUUCCGAGCCUCACAGGACGAGUGCAGACAAUGUGUGCCCGUUGUACCAGACCUUCCCAGAGGGCCCGGUGCUGGAGGCCGAGGGCCACAGGAACCCCUACUGCAGCGACCCCGCCCCACCGAGGCCAUGCCCCCGCCACAUGUCAAUCACCGACAGGCUCCGCAAGGUCAUUCAGGAACUGGUGGACACCGAGAAGUCCUACGUGAAGGACCUGGGCUGCCUGUUUGAGAUCUACCUGAAGCCGUUGCAGAGCGAGACGUUUCUCACCCACGAUGAGAUGGAGUCUCUGUUUGGCAGCCUGCCCGAGAUGCUGGACUUCCAGAGGGUUUUCCUGCACACGCUGGAGGAGCGCAUCGCCUGCUCGCCAGACUUCAGCCUCCUGGAGACUCCUGAGCAGUUUAAGAAGCUCCUCUUCUCUCUUGGUGGGUCGUUCCUCAACUAUGCCGAUCACUUCAAGCUGUACAGCGGCUUCUGUGCCAAUCACAUCAAGGUCCAGAAGGUCCUGGAGCGAGCAAAGACAGAUCAGGCGUUCAAGGAGUUCCUGGAGGCGCGGAACCCCACUAAGCAGCACUCCUCCACCCUGGAGUCCUACCUCAUCAAGCCUGUGCAGCGAGUGCUCAAGUACCCGCUGCUGCUCCGCGAGCUCGUCUCCCUCACCGACGUGGAGAGCGAGGAGCACAGCCACCUCAUAGAGGCCCUGCGGGCUAUGGAGAAGGUGGCGAGCCACAUCAACGAGAUGCAGAAGAUUUACGAGGACUACGGCACCGUGUUCGACCAGCUGGUCACCGAGCAGAGCAGCCGAGAGAAGGAGGUGACGGAGAUCUCCAUGGGGGAGUUCCUGCUCCACUCCUCAGUGCUGUGGCUCAACCCGCUCCCCUCUCUGGGCCGCAUGCGGAAGGAUCCGGAACUCACCCUCUUCCUCUUCAAGAGGGCCGCCAUUUUGGUGUACCGUGAGAGUACCAAACUGAAGAAGAGAAUGACUGCGUCUCGUUCAGCCUACUCACAGGGAGACCUGGAUCCCUUCAAGUUCCGCUGGCUCAUUCCUGUGUCCGCUCUGCAAGUACGCUUGGGAAACACAGCAGGCUCAGACAACCCGUGCAUCUGGGAGCUGGUCCACACCAAGUCCGAGGUGGAGGGGAGGCCAGAGACCGUCUUCCAGCUGUGCAGCAGUGGUUUGGAGAGCAAAGCCAACGUGUUGAAGACCAUCCGCUCCCUGCUGAGGGAGAACGCCAAGCGGACCGUCUCCAUAGAGCGGAGCUGCAGAGAACACCUGGCCACCUUCAGGAGACCGCAGCCAAUCCAGACCGCCGCAGCUCAGGCUGGACCUUGGUUACCGCGGCACCCGCCUCACCCCAACGGCCUCCGGCCCGUCCCGCUGGACAUGGACGGCGACUGUCACUCGGAACCGCCUCUGUCCAGCCGCCCGCGGGACUACCCGAGUCACCGGACCCUGCAGCUGGACAAGCGGGCGCGGCUCCACUCGCUGACCAGCGCCAUCGAGGCCCAGCUCCAGAGGCUGAGCUUCGGCGGCGGCGAGGAGGCAGUGGUGGCGGCGGCAGCGGUGGCCUACGGCGUCGGCGAGGGAGGUGGCGUCCGGCUGAAGAGGGCCGGGGGCGCUGACCACCAGGUCGGUCCGUGCGUCACGGGGGGGCUGGUGGACUCGCAGAGCUCCAUGGAUCUCAACUCUCUGCUGGCCAGAGACUACAGCGUGCAGAGCCUGGCCUCGGUGGUCAACGAGGACUGCUUCUACGACACGGUCAUGGGCAUCCAGAAGGCUGUUAUCCCCACCCUGUAGGAAGGACUUAAGCAUGUAGGGAUCGGGGAAAGGAGCCUUGACCAACAAAGGACUCGGGACUAGUGUGCUUGUAUGUGCUGUUUCCAUGGCGACGAUGCUUUGAAUGGACCGAUUGGAAUGGCAGAACUUGGAUUGCUCGCAAGAGCUUUUUGGCACCCGUAUGUUUUAAAAGCCUUAAUUUGUUACGCAAGCUGUACGUAAAGAAUACCUUGAAAGCCAUCAUGCUGUAGCGGAAGAAAGCUAGAGAGAUCAGUUGAUACAUGAUCUGCUCCUCCUGUAGAAGCUUGAGUAUUAAGACUUCAUCAGCACUGUGCAGCAUACACAUAGGACCCAUGGAGCUGUAAUACCUUCUGUGGGUUUACUGCAUAUCUUGCCUCGUGGCCUUGUUUUCUAAGCACUAAGACCAUUUGCCUACGUCAACUGACAUUCCCUUUUUGCUUGUAUAUUUUAGCUUUCGACAAAGGCAGUUUUAGUUCAAAACUGGAAUUGCUUGAUUGAAAAAAAAAUUGAAUGGGUAUUCAAAGAUUCACAAAGAUGCACAAAUGACUAUUUUGUCUAAAUUAUAUUUGUAUAUUUCCUACUCUUUUUGGUAAUAUGUUUGUGAUUACAUUUAUAAGAACUUUUUAAUCUAAGUGGCAUGCUUUUGUUUAAGUUAAAACAAUGUCUUAGAUGUCAUGAGUUUUGAGAUAUUUGCGGUAUUAUUUUUCAAGUAUUGAAAAAUGUUUUCAGUUUUACUCAAACUUGGUUGUAAUUUAUUUGUAAUAUAUUCUUGAUUCUUUAUGUAAGCAUUUAUUGACAUUGUACAGAUUAAGGUGUAUUAUUUAAUAAAUGCUGUCUUCUACAAUCACUUGGUUUUCAUAUCCUUAACAAAAGAAUACUAUGUGAUUUAUUAUGUAUGCCCUCAUAAGAAAGUAUGUCAGAGAGAUAUUUUGGAGUGUGUCUAGAGGCGCAUUGCUCUGUGCU